GAACUCGCAACGGGCUCUUUUGUAGCAGUAACAUAAUCCAUGGCGGCAGGUAUCAAAACCGUCAUCCUACUCUCCUUCAUUCUGGCUGUAGGGUUCUUGAUGAUAAUUCUGUCAUGUGCGCUAUGGUCUAAUUGGCUACCCCUCCUUGUCGCUUUGAUGUUCGUGAUGGCGCCACUUCCGAACGCGCUAUUCUCACAUUGUGGCGGAGACGACUUCUCCACCGACGCCUAUGAAAGCUCAGGUCCUGUGGACCUUGGUCGUUUCAUCACAGCCAUGAUUGUCGUGACUGGCUUCGCCUUUCCGCUUGUCCUUGCCCAUUCCGAAAUCAUCAAGCCUGGGGCCAGUGCCAUGUCGAUCGUUGGUGGAGGAUUGAUAUAUGGGACGAUAAUGGCAUACGCUGCUGCUUUCAAACAAGACGAUUCUGAGUUUGAUUGAAGGAGGACUCU